CUGUCUGAGCAUCGUGGUGGUCUAUCGUCUGUCUCUGGUUCGAGAAAAUGAAUUUCACUAGCUCAUUUCUUGGAGUGUUUUUCCUUUUAACCGUCUACCUCGACAUAACCAACUCCUUUGUGGCCUUUACACCUGCCAGCACACACGGUAUCUUCGCCGCUAUUGCCGUUCCCCUCGAGUUACCCCAUCGAAAUGUGUUUGUCUCGUACAAUUUUGAGGCCAACUACAAUUUGCCCACGAACUGGGAGAAAUGGACAAUAUUUCAAAAUGGUCCCAUAGAGUCGGAGGAAGUUUUAGAAGCAACUGAUACGGAAACGGAUGCAGAGUCUUCUCGGAAAUUGGCAUCUCCUUGCAAAAACUGCACUGUGGAGGAAAAUGAGGAAGGUGGUGAAGAACUGGAGGAAACCACUGAAGUCCUUUCCAAAGAACGCAAAGUUAGAUCCUUGCUCACACGUUCAAAUAUCUAUCGCAUUUUCAUAGAUAAACUGAAAAGAAGUGGUUUUCGAGGUGAAUCUUGCUUGCUGCGGCUGAUUUGUGAGGCAAGUGCUGCUCAAUUGGAUGAAUUCAACGGCGUCUUGGGCAGUUUAAUGCACGUUUUAUUCAGUCCCAGCUCAUCGGAGUCUGAAGAGUUACCCCUGCGCUAUUACCAAGCGGAGCAUGAUGGUUGGAACGGUCAUUGCCAUUUCUACGAACCAGGUUGUGGCGAAAGUAUUUUGGAGCUUAUAUCAGAACCUUUCGAAGAGAUUUUCAAGCAUUUAGAACGCAAUAAAAUAUAGAUAAAAGAUA